AUGGAGAAACGAGAGAAUAUCUUCCUCAAGAAGAGUUUUGUAGCGAUCACUGGUGCCAGUAGAGGACUAGGAAGAUGCAUAGCACUGCAAUUUGGAGCCAAGUUCCCUCCUGAUUCGGUUUUCGUUCUCAUGGCAAGAAAUUUGGAAGCUUUAGAAAAUGUCAAGUCGGAAAUGAUAUCUCAGUCUCCUAAUGCCAAAAUUGUGGUCCGUCAAUAUGACCAAGGCAAUACCGAAGACGCUGAUUAUUUCAAUGAUAUAUUCACUGAACUUUUAUCGACCAACAACAUUUCUCCGACGGACUUUGAACAAUUUAUGAUUGUACAUAAUUGCGCCAAUAUCGGAGAUGUUUCAAAGAAGUCCUUGGAACUUUCCGACUCCAAGUUUGUCCGAAAGUACUAUGACACCAAUCUCAUAGGAAUGAUUUUACUUAACACAAGCUUCUUCCGAACUUUCUCUGACUCUACAAAAUCCCGGGUCGUGAUCAAUAUGACGUCCCCAGGAACGUCAACUCCUUUGUCGACUAUGCAUUUAUACCUUGCCGGUAAGGCCGCACGUGACAUGUUUAUGCGCGUACUUGCCAUUGAGAACCCAUCUUUAAGGAUACUGACAUUCGCCCCGGGGGCCGUAGAUACAGACAUGUUGCUUGAAGCGGAAAGCAAGAGCCAGACCAUGUGCAAUUUGUUGACACAAUUUCGUAAAGAUGGUAAGAUCACUCUUCCCGAAACGCCCAUCAGCAUUCUUGUGAAGAUACUGGAGGAAAACUCUUUCGAAAAUGCUGUGUAUUUAGAGAGUGACAAACUAUUUUAA